AUGAGCUCUUCCACCAACCAACAUAUUCCUACCACCUCCUCCGAUCUACCUCCCCAGCAGACAGCGACCGCCUCGCAUCUAGACCCGAACGCGCAGCUGGCCAACAGCGGAUAUGCACCCAACGACAACCAGCUCGCGGGAUUAGUCGAAGCUGCCACGGCCGCCGCAGACCAAGAUGUUUCGCAAUGGGCCGCCGCCGCUGCAGUUGCUGCAGCAGCCGGUGCAGCCGGUCAUCACCACCAGAUGGAUUCAUACACAGACAUCGAUCUCUCGGAGAACGGAUUCGGCGACGCGAACUUCGGAACUGGGAUGGGCGGUGGAAGACAUAUGAGAGUACCAAGCCACACGGACCACCCCCAAUCCUCCGGGCUUACACGAACCGCGACGAAGAAACGCAAGCGAAAUGACGAUAAUCUCGACCCGGCGCUGGCUGGUGCGGGUCUCUCUGCUGGGCAGCACCAGUCGCACUCCGCACAGCAAACCCCACAUGGCUAUACCGGAGAGAGUAUGGACAUUCGCCCCGAGCAGCAGCAAUCCCUGUCGGAUGCCCGUGCAGUGGGUAUCCAUUCUGCGGCGGCGCUAUUCCGCCAGCCUUCUAGCAAUAAGAAGUACACACGACCUCCUAUCUCGAAGAUGUUUUCGUCUCUUGAGAUCUCACCGGAGAACUUUUUGCAUCUCCAGGCUGCUGCGAAGAAUUACAUGCUGAAUGAUGACCACCCUGAAAGACGGGAUUGUGUUGGUCAGCGUGGAAAAGGAGAUACAGAAAUGGUCAAGCUCCGCCUUUGGAACUGCGUUCGUCAAUUCCUCGAAGCUGAGGGAAAUGGUGAACGGUUUUUCGGAGAGAAUGUGGUCAAUGAGGGCAUGGGCCCGAGAACCUACAUCUGGCCGCGUGAUCAACACAAGAUCAUCUCAUUGGUCAUUCCUUUGCUUAGACGGAUGGUCACCAACGAAAGGCAACGCCAAUACGCAAUCGAGACCCGCAAAGGAGGUGGUGCUGAAGAACGCCGCCGUCGUAAAACGGAAGAUUUCUCGAAUUUGAAUAGCCCGCGAUUCUCUCCGGAGCAGCAUCUCCAAAUGCAAAACCAGACUUCCCAUCGCGAUGAUCUCUCGCAGUCAAUGCCGCCUCCUCCACAGCCGAUUCAGCAAUCAGCAAUUGAUCCGGCCCAGCCUAUGGAGCUCGGUCUAACGGACCUCUUAAUAGACGGAUACACAGUCAAUUGGGAAGAGAUCGCGCGUUACUACGAUACGUACAAUGAGAGCUACGAGCUCGAUAACCUUUGGUCUCUCUCCGGUCUCCAGCAACCCGACUGGCGAGGACUCGUCGCCGCAGUCGACAGCCAUUACCAGGUCGUCCAUAACGGAGAUUACAACUGCCCAUCGAAUUGCGAAGAUGCAAAUAUCAACCGCAUCAUCCACGCAGAUACCACUUCAAAUCUCCAAUGGCGCAUUGGCGGAGCCCGCAACCUCCCAGCCCGAGACGAAUUCGCAAGCAGCAUCACCCGCGACGUGUCUCGCAUUAUCCGCGAGAACAUCGCCGCCCGACAUGGCCAACCUGCUCAAAACCCCGACCCUCACUUCCACCAACCCUUCACUCCUCUCCCUGAAUCCACACCAGCCAACACAACCACACCCUCUCACUGCCAAGGCCAAACCUCCCUUCGCAUUAAUAUCCUGCAAAACGGCAAGCGCAUUCUUCCCAGAUUUGACCUGCCGGCGGCUCAGUGUCCCAACAUCGACACGGUCAAGCAGGCAAUCCUUCGACGAUACCCUGGUCAAAUCCCUGGUUUGCCGGGGUUCCAGGGUGCUGCGCAUGAAUCUCGCGAAUCUGCUGUUGUGGAUGGGUGGAAGGUCAAGGUCUGGUUAUCCGAUGGACUGGUUCCUGUUCAGAACCAGAAGGAUUGGACUAUUGCAGUACUUUCGGCUGAUGCUGUUGACUGGAUGGACGGGGAAUUGAAGGUUCUUGUUGAGGUUGAUGAAGGAGAUGGGCAGUAG